AUGUUUACCAAAACGAUCAACGGCGUCGAGAUAGCCUAUGAUGAAUCAGGCUAUGCCAUAGGACCACCAAUCGUUCUACUCACAGGAUGGGCACACGACAUUGGACUCUAUGACAACAUGUUGCCGCUGCUCGUUCCACGAUAUCGCGUAAUUCGAAUGUGCUGGCGAGGACAUGGCCCAAAUCGCAACGAUACCCCAGAAUUCGGCGUCGAGGAGCAGGUGCGAGAUGUCAUUGGCCUCCUCUCAACCUUGGACAUUGAUCAGUUCUACCUUGUCUCACACUCGCACGGUGGCUGGCCAGCUCUUGAACUUGCAGAUCGGCUGGGCAGAUCCAAAGUAUUGUGCCUCCUGAUGAUCGACCAAAUCAUGACACCGCCUCCACCGGCAUUUUCAAAAGGUCUUCAGGCCAUGCAGGGCAUAGAAACCUGGAUCAGUGCUCGCCAGGAGCUAUUUGAACACUGGCUCGCUGGUAGCAACAAUAAAGCGGUGCAAGACCACUUCUACUACAACAUGGGCAGCUUUGGGCACCUCAUGUGGUCGCUUUCUUGUCGGAUUAUCGCCGAAGCGUACAAGACGCAUGGGAGCCCAAUGAAUAGGAUGAGCAAGAUCAGGGUCUCACCGCCAAUCCGGCAUGUCUUCUCCCAUCCGCGCCAGAGUCUAGAGUACCGACAGCUACAUCAAGAUUUUGAGUCGAAACAUGCUUUCUUCUCGUAUGCGGAUUUAGAGGGCGAGACACAUUUUCCGGACCUGGAGAUUCCGGAGAAGGUUGUUGAGCAAAUUGAGGAUUUGAUUCAUAGCAGUCCGGGGUCAAGCACGUUAGCCAAAGGUCCAGUCAAGGAAAAUGGAGUCAGCUAG